AUGCUGAACAAAAUGAUCUCCUCCCUCCAGCGCCAGACAAUGAGAGGUCGUAGGCUGAAGGGGGUGCUGUCCAACCCCCUCUUUGUGCUGCUCUUGACCCUCCAGAUCUUGGUGGUGGCUGGGCUGGUCCGCGCUCAGACCUGCCCCUCCGUCUGCUCAUGCAGCAACCAGUUCAGCAAAGUCAUAUGCACCCGCCGGAGCCUACGGGACGUCCCGGACGGCAUCUCCACCAACACUCGCUACCUGAACCUCCAGGACAACCUCAUCCAGGUCAUCAAGGUGGACAGUUUCAAACACCUGCGCCAUCUGGAGAUCCUUCAGCUGAGCAAGAACCACAUCCGCAACAUUGAAAUCGGCGCCUUCAAUGGACUCGCCAGUCUCAACACCUUGGAGCUCUUCGAUAAUCGGCUUACGAUAAUCCCCAACGGCGCAUUUGAGUACUUGUCCAAGCUAAAGGAAUUAUGGCUGCGGAACAACCCCAUCGAAAGUAUACCAUCUUAUGCCUUCAACCGAGUCCCCUCGCUCCGAAGGCUGGAUCUAGGUGAGCUCAAACGUCUCUCCUACAUUUCCGAUGGCGCCUUCAAGGACUUGAAUAACCUGCGCUACCUGAACCUGGGAAUGUGCAACCUCAAGGAGAUCCCCAACAUCUUACCCUUGGUCAGGCUCGAGGAGCUAGAAAUGUCAGGAAACCAGCUCUCUGUCGUCAAGCCCAGCGCAUUUUUAGGAUUAGUGAACCUCCAGAAGCUGUGGAUGAUGCACACCCAGGUCCAGACCAUCGAGAGGAAUUCCUUCGAUGACCUCCAGUCACUGGUGGAGCUCAACCUUGCUCACAACAACCUUACCUUCCUACCGCAUGACCUCUUCACGCCGUUGCGUCGCCUGGAGCGGGUCCACCUCCACCACAACCCUUGGAACUGCAACUGUGACAUCCUGUGGCUCAGCUGGUGGCUGAAGGAGACGGUGCCGGCCAACACCAGCUGCUGCGCCCGGUGCCAUUCGCCCGCCGUCUUUAAAGGCCGCUACAUUGGGGAGUUGGACCACAGCUACUUCCAGUGUGACUUCCCCGUCAUCGUGGAGCCGCCCAGCGACUUGAACGUGACGGAGGGCAUGGCCGCCGAGCUCAAAUGCCGCACGAGCUCGCUGACAUCCAUCAGCUGGCUGACGCCAAACGGCUCGCUGGUGACACACGGGGCUUACAAGGUGCGUCUGUCGGUGCUCAAUGACGGGACGCUGAACUUUACCACCGUCACGAUGCAGGACACCGGGACCUACACCUGUAUGGUGAGCAACACGGCGGGCAACAUUUCCGCCUCCGCCGUGCUUAACGUCACUUCUGUGGAAAACAGCGGGGUGACCUAUUUUACCACAGUCACCGUGGAGACCACCGAGACCCCGGGGGACGAUAGCCAAACGCCGCUUCCCCCAUUCGGCUGGGUGUCCUCCACGACGAGAGCUACUCCCAUUUCGACAAGGAUCACAGAGCGGACUUACACAAUUCCAGUUCUUGAUCCGGACGGAGAGGGCGCCCUCAAUGGCCUGGACGAGGUGAUGAAAACCACCAAGAUCAUCAUCGGCUGCUUCGUGGCCAUCACGCUCAUGGCCGCCGUUCUGCUGGUCAUUUUCUACAAGAUGAGGAAGCAGCACAACCAGCAGGACCCCGACGGCCCCGCGUCCUCCAUGGAGGUGAUAACAGUCGAAGAAGAGCUCGCCGGGGUCGCCGCCAUGGAGAGGCACCUGUCGCUGGCCCCUCUGGAGCACUACAACCACUACAACACCUACAAGAGCGCCUACCACCACGGUCCGAUGCUCGGUACCCUACACAGCUCGGCCACGCAGGAACCUUUACUGAUUCAGACCUGCUCAAAAGACAAUGUACAGGAGACCCAAAUCUGA